CCACGUGUGUCAUGCUACCUGUCAUCAGUACAACGCGCCAUGUGUUUUUCUCUGUGAACAAGCCGGACUUCUCCAGUUCUCGGAGCCAAAAACCCAGCAGUGUCAACGAAGUUAAGAAACAAAGUAUUAAACUGAAUAGAAAUCGGGCAACGUCAAAUGAGAACCAUCGUGUCACGGUUGAUUCAUUCAAAACAAUCAAUAUCUGGACUCUAUGUGGCAACUACGUCAAGGGUUGUGAGAUAUCUUUCGAAUGAUUCUAACAAAGUUGAUGAACCCCAUAAGGUUGAGGAAGCGGAGACGGUAGAUGUGCCUCCAGCUACGUCAGAGAAGUUACUUGUUUUGGGCGGCAAUGGGUUUGUUGGAUCACAUAUAUGUAGAGAAGCUUUGGAUCGUGGUCUGCCUGUUGCUAGCCUUAGCAGGUCCGGUCUAUCAUCGUUACAUGAUUCCUGGGCUAACAAUGUAAUUUGGCAUCAAGGAAACCUUCUUUCACCUGAUUCAUGGAAGGAAGUUUUGAAUGGGGCGACUGCUGUUAUCUCCUGUGUUGGUGGUUUUGGAUCCAACUCUUACAUGUAUAAGAUCAAUGGGACUGCAAACAUUAAUGCAAUUAGAGCUGCUUCAGAAAAAGGUGUAAAAAGAUUUGUUUAUAUAUCUGCUGCUGAUUUUAGUGUAGCAAAUUACUUGCUGCAAGGAUAUUAUGAGGGAAAGAAAGCUGCUGAAACAGAGUUACUGACCAAAUUUCCUUAUGGAGGAGUGAUAUUGAGACCUGGAUUUAUAUAUGGAACUCGAACUAUUGGAAGCGUGAAAGUACCUCUAGGCAUAGUUGGUUCUCCCCUGGAGAUGGUUCUGCAACAUACGAAACCAUUGACCAAGUUGCCACUUGUUGGAUCCCUGUUCACUCCUCCUGUCAAUGUCACUGCUGUAGCCAAGGUUGCUGUGAGAGCUGCAACUGAUCCUGUGUUUCCUCCUGGCAUUAUUGAUGUCGAUGGAAUUCUUCGUUAUAGUCAGCAGAAGUUGAGAUAGAUUUGUUUCAACUCUUUCAUUUUUUUAAAUUGAUAGAGCUGUCAAUACCAGACGAUAAAUAGUCUCCUGUUAAAUGGAAUUUCACAGAAUGUCCGGCGUUUGGUGUUUGAGUUUUUAGCAAACUGAGAUGAAAGGUUUGUUUCAGUUUGUGUUCUUUAGAGCAUUAAAAUCCUUCAAAUUCUGCAUGCGGAUGUGCCAACAUCCACUGCAUUUGGCAAACUGGCCUCCUUUGUAAUAAUGUUUUGUUUCUUUGGACGAGAACGGGCUUCAAAGAAGUUCUAAACCUAUACAAAGGGCCCUUCUGAAUGUUUCUGUUAUCGGUUAAUAUUAUGUGCAUUUUAUAUGUUUUUAUUUAUAGGACAAUUUUUUAAUGUUGAGUCAUAGAUACAAGGAGGAAUAUUAUGUAUAUUUAGGUAUUAAUGAUAAUGUCUUAUCAUAUAUUCUGUUCGAAUCCA